AUGGCUAACUUUCGUCUAAUCACCACAACCAUCGUUCUUUUCCGUCUUUUGAUACCAAGAACCAGCCAUAGUAGUAGGAGUAGGAUAGUUACGAAAAUGAUUCAUUAUAAUUUUAUUCACUCCCUCUAUUUUGACACAAAUGCUGCCGUACACAGGGAUUUGCAUAUUUCCUUAUCUCGCUUAAGAUACUUGAAGGUGACAAUGCAAGAAGAUUUGAAGGUGACAGUACAAGAUGAUUCAGAUGAUUCAAAUGAUGAUUCAGAUCAUGAUACUGAUUUCGAGACUGGAAUUUUUGUUAAAACAUCAAUACCUGCGUUUUUUAUGGGUUUCAACAUUGGUUCACGGGAUGCUGCUCAAUUGGUUGCGUUGGUUACUGGUAGUAAUCUACUUUGGGUUCAGUGCAAACCUGGUAUAGGCGGCAAUAGGACAUUCUAUAAAAACUAUUGGCCUGGGGAGUCUUCAAUAUAUGCUGCUAAUGUGAGGUGCGAGGACUUUUGUUCAUCUACUCCAUUGACAUGUAUUCCAACACCCACUCUCUGCUGGUAUGUAUUGAAAUAUUUGGGUGAAGUCGUUGUCCGUGGAAAUCUUGCAUUUGAACGAUUUAUUUUCGGUUCAUCAUUUGACAACCAACCAGCGCAUGAGUUAAAUCCGUUAUUUGGAUGUACUAGAAAAAAUAGCUGCAUAGACAAGUUCAAUGGUGUCUCGGGGCUUGGUCCUUCAGGAAUCUCAUUAACUUCACAACUGGAUAAUAGUGAGUUCUCAUAUUGUAUUGAAAAUUUAAACGAUCCAUUUGACGAAAAAAAUAUACUGAUCAUAGGGAUAAAGUCCGGAGGAGUUGAAAACUCAACUCCUCUUAUUAUUAGGGAGUUCCAUUACUACGUGAAUGUUGAAGGCAUUAAUGACAAAAAAGAUUUAAGAAUCGAUAAUUUUAAAAGUGGUGGGGGUGCAAUUAUUGAUUCAGGUUCAAGUUUGAGUUUUCUUUAUGAUAUUGCAUACGAGAAACUUGAUUACAUAGGAGACUCAUUAGAAAGACGAUAUUUCUUUUUGGACAAGUAUCAACAUUGCUAUAUUGGACACUUGUUUAGGGAUUUUAAGGGCUUUACAACAAUAGCAUUUCAUUUUGAUGGAGCAACAAUGGAAUUAGAUAGAGAGAAUUUGUUCAAGCAAGUAUACUCAGAUGUGGUAUGUUUAAGUGUGUUGAAUGUUGCAGAGAAUGGUGUCGAUCACAGUCUUCUUGGCGUAGAACUCCAAAAAUAUUUCUAUAUAUCAUUUGACAUGAAUGAAAUGCCUGUUAACUUUGAGAGGAUCGAAUGUGAAUAUUUCAAUAAUUGGAGUUGA